AUUUAAGUGGAGAAAAUGGAAAAAGACUUUAAUAUGGAUGCGAUAGCCAAGCUGGUGUCAGGAGAAGGCUCAAAUGAAAUUUCUUCGUUCCAAAAGUGCAAGCAUUUGCUCUCUCAGAAGGCAAGAUUUAGAGUGAGAGAGAAAACUAGGGCUGAGAAGAUCAAGGCUACAAGGCUUUCCCAGUGAUAUAACAAAGAACUUAUUGGUCAAGGAACUUUUGGACAGGUGUACAAGGCAGACUGAAAGGAUCCGGAAACUGGAGAUGUCCGUAAGGUAGCACUGAAGAAGCUCAAAAUGGAGAAUCCAGAUUAUGGAUUUCCAGUAACGGCUCUCAGAGAGAUAACAUUGUUGAAAUAAACUAAGAGAUAUCAACAUAGUGAUCCUUGAAGAUGUCUAUCCUUCGAGAGAAUCAGUCAAGAAUGGAGGAAAAGGCUCUUUUUAUCUCCAAUUUGAAUAUGUAAAGCAUGACUUACAAGGGUUACUCGAGAAGAAUGUAAAGUUUACCCUUCCUCAUAUCAAGAGCAUCAUGAAAGGAGUUUUAAAAGGCGUAUCUUACCUCCAUAAUUCCAAAGUCAUUCAUCGUGAUAUCAAAGGAGCCAAUAUUUUGAUUAAUGAGCAUGGGAUCAUUAAAAUAGCAGAUUUUGGUCUAGCUCGAGUGAUCUUUCCAGAAAAUGAGCUGAAUUAUACAACUAAAGUGGUGACUCUUUGGUACAGAGCUCCAGAAAUCUUGCUUGGGUAUAGCAAUUAUGACUAUAAGGUAGAUGUAUGGUCUAUCGGCUGCUUUUUCUACGAGUUAUUUACAGGAGAUGUCCUCUUCAAAGGCAGCAAUGAUCAGGAUCAGCUUGAAAGAAUACUUGAAAUAUGAGGUACUCCAGAUCCAAAGAUCUUCAAAGGAUUUAGUAAGAUCAAUGAGCAUUACCAGAAAAAGUUUCUUGAAAAUCCAAAGAAAGGCAGACUGAGGGAACAUCUUGUCUCUAAAAAUUGAGAAUUUCUAGAUCUUGAUUGUAUAGAAUUCUUAUGCAAACUCUUGACUCUCGAGCCCGAGAAAAGAUUGUCAGCUUAUGGGGCUUAUGAUGAUGACUAUUUCCGCCAUCCUCCAAGAGCUUGUCCUCCUGGAGAAAUUCCUUUAUUAGAUAAAGAUACUCAUGAAUACGAGACAAAACAAGAGAAAAAGAAAUUAAUUCGUGAAAAAGAGAGAUUAGAAAAACCUAUUGAUAAGAUUUCUGAUGCUACGAAUAGAUAUGCGACUCAAGGUAAAAGAAACAAUAGAGACUCUUUUAACCAUUACCAAAAGAGAAGAGACAAUAGGGAUUCUGAAACAUACCAAAUGAGGCAUAAAAGAGCAAAGCACACUGAAUAAUUUGUACUAAGAUUUCAACUUUUGGA